CCAGGUUGCUGUAAGUGCUUGGGACCAGUCACAAGCACAGCAGUGUGCACAGGCGCAACGUGAAAGCUGCAGUAAGUCACAGCAUCAGUCAUGUCUACACAACCUCACAGCAAGAAGAAAAUCUGCUAUUACUACGAUGGCGACAUUGGUAACUAUUAUUAUGGCCAGGGACAUCCCAUGAAGCCCCAUCGCAUACGCAUGACACACAAUCUGCUCCUCAAUUAUGGACUCUAUCGAAAAAUGGAAAUUUAUCGCCCUCACAAAGCUACUCAAGAAGAAAUGACGAAAUUCCACAGCGAUGACUACAUAAAAUUCUUACGGAGCAUUCGACCAGAUAACAUGUCAGAAUACAACAAACAGAUGCAGAGAUUCAAUGUUGGUGAAGAUUGUCCCGUCUUCGAUGGAAUGUAUGAGUUCUGUCAGUUGUCAACAGGAGGCUCUGUAGCUGGUGCUGUGAAGCUAAACAAACAGGCGGCCGACAUCGCUGUCAACUGGGCGGGAGGACUUCACCACGCCAAGAAGUCGGAGGCUUCUGGAUUCUGUUAUGUAAACGACAUUGUGCUAGCAAUUUUAGAAUUACUGAAAUAUCAUCAGCGUGUUCUGUACGUCGACAUCGACAUCCAUCACGGCGACGGCGUGGAGGAGGCAUUUUAUACGACAGAUCGUGUCAUGACUGUAUCAUUCCAUAAAUAUGGCGAAUACUUCCCCGGAACGGGUGACCUCAGGGAUAUUGGAGCAGGUCGUGGCAAGUACUAUGCAGUGAACUUCCCUCUUCGAGAUGGAAUUGACGAUGAUUCAUACGAGUCGAUAUUCUGCCCAGUGUUGACCAAAGUCAUGGAGAUGUAUCAGCCAAGUGCCGUGGUGCUGCAGUGCGGUGCCGAUUCUUUAUCGGGAGACAGACUUGGUUGCUUCAACGUGACCUUGAAGGGUCACGGGAAGUGCGUCGAGUUCGUCAAGAAAUACAACCUGCCUCUGUUGAUGCUCGGCGGAGGUGGCUACACGAUCAGGAACGUCGCACGAUGCUGGACGUACGAGACGUCGAUUGCUCUCGGCGUUGAGGUGGCCAACGAAUUGCCCUACAAUGACUACUUCGAAUAUUACGGUCCCGAUUUCAAGCUACACAUCAGCCCAUCGAACAUGGCCAACCAGAACACACCUGAAUAUCUGGACAAGAUCAAGACUCGAUUAUUUGAAAACUUGCGCAUGUUGCCUCAUGCUCCCGGUGUCCAGAUGCAGGCCAUUCCCGAGGAUUGUGUAAACGAUGAGAGCGAUGACGAGGAGAAAGAAAACCCUGAUGAGAGAAUAUCAAUCCGUGCCAGCGAUAAGCGCAUCACAGGAGAAGAUGAGUUCUCCGAUUCUGAAGACGAAGAAGGUGGCGGCAGACGCGACAGACAGAACUUUAAACGUAAACGGCCAAGAACCGAGGAUGGAGAAAAGAAAUCUGAGGAAUCGGGCGAUGCUAAACCUGCCAAGGACGUCAAAGUCGAACCCACAGCUGCACCAGAGGUCAAGACAGAAGUGAAAGAAAACAAUGAGAAAGAAAAAGAGCCGGAGAAGAAGGUCGAGGAACCACCAGCAGCAGCAGCCGCAGCAACACCACCUGCCGAGACAAAAGAAGCAGCCCCGACUGCCACCACAGAGGAAAAGAUGGAAAUAUGAACGAUCAAAUGAUUUCUGGAAUGGUCAUCAUAACACAGAAAAAGUAGUGACAGCAGGCUAUUUAAAAGGAACGAUAUAGGAAUGUGACAUUUCCAUUCUUGGAGGAUUUCCGUUUUUCCUCCUCCUAGGAAGGGUUAAUUUGCCAGCAGAAGUGGAAAGAUUUAUGCCUCAGGUCUCAGUAAAACUUCGAAUUUUUUAAAUCAAACAAAAGAAGCAUUUUAGAGACAUAUUUUUGCAAGUAUUAAGGGCAGUUCGAAGGACAACAUGUGCACGUGGAAAACUUAACAGUUUUUUGCUCUGAGUACUGUAACAACCAUGCCAUGAGUGUGAUCAAGGAUAACUUUGAAGAAGAUUUGACACUAGAGGACUAGUAAAAUUAACUGUGUUUUGCCAUCAAAUCUUAACAAGCCGCUUUAGGACACAUGACAUUGUUGGAUUGGGCAUAUUUUGCAUAAUGGCUAAUAUUGUCAUUUUAUGUUGGACAAAAGAAUGGGAAACUACUGUCUGGAUGACCUUAGACCUAUUUACCUAAAAUCCAGGUUUGAUCACCUUCUUAUUUGUAUGUUUUUGACAUGUAUGAUAAAAAUAUGCAGAGAAAAGGCACAUAAGUGCAAGCUGUAGCCAACUUCAUGAUAAUGAACAUUGCAUGUGCUCCAAGCCUGGGAUCAGACAUGUCAUUUCAUUAUUCAUGUAUUCUCUUAUUCACUUAUUCAGGUGUGCAUGUGAUAAAUAUCACAUCAGUCCAUUUUGUUAAUAUCAGGUAUAGAUUUAAUCCAUGCUUGUUAAUAUCAAUGUUGUGAAAAGGUCUAGUUUUAUACAUGUAACUCCUCAUUGUGUUUCACUGAUUUCAUGACAGCCAAAAGUGUGCAUAGGUCCCUGGAAGACUACUUCAAAUUGAUUAACUCACAAGACAUAAAGGAAGUCUUGGUACAUUGUGAACACCACUACAAUUUGUUAAAGUCGGAUGUUCAACAAUCUGGGAUGGGCGGCUGCUUUUCUGUUCCUUCUUCUCUUAAAGUUGUGACUAUGCACCUGUUUUCCAUUCCUUAUUAAAGAGUAAGUAGGUCGCAUUUGAAAAUAUUCAAAAUAUAGUUUACCUUGGAGACACUGGCAAGAUAAAUCAGAACUGACCAAAUUUCUGUACCAAAACAUUGCCACAGGAAAUACAUUGGGCUUUUGAUCUUGCCUGUCCUAGGGGCAAAUGUCAAGGCACCGAAAAAGAGCAACAUGUUCGCGAAAAUAAUGUUUUAUGAUGUAAACUUCGAGAAAGACGUCAUGGAGUUGCAAACAGUUGGGCACUUGUGAAAACGGUGCACUUCGUCGGAAGAGUUUGGUGUGACAUAAUAUACAAUCUUGUGAUGUCACAUGAUGUAAAUGGCGGCCACAGUUAACCACUGCAGGAAUGGCCAGCCAAAUAUAAUAGGCUCAAGUUGCUAAAUGCGACCCAAAAUCCACUCCGAAUUUUCCAGAUUGUUUUAGAUGCUUACUGAGACUAUGGUAAUGAAAAGCUGUGGAAUUCCAAUCUACUUGCUCUUUAAUGAAAGUACACAUUGUUUCUGUAGAAAUUAAGUUAUUCACAAUCAUGUAGCACAUGUGUUUAAUUUCUAUUUGAUAAAAAAAUGCAGUUUUGUAUGAUCUCGUGAUGGACUGAGUCAUGGUUGCUUUGAAAUUAAGCAAAUCUGGCUCUGGACCAAAUUAUCAAUAUGUUGUUUGUCAUCAGAUGUCUGGUAAUUUGUGAGGUUGUGUGGCUGUAAUUAAUGCCCUAAUUAAAUAAAGUCAUUUUUCAUAAAGGA